CAAACGUUUUAAGCUGAUUCAUUUUGGAAAAAUAACCACUAAACGCAUCGCAUUAAAAAAAAUCGUAUAAAAAGCCAGGCAAAAUCAUCAAAAUCAAACAGUUUUUAUUGCGCAGUAUUCGGAAGAAGUCGACACUUGGACAACAUGAAGGUCGUAAUCACUCUCGCUGUAUUUUUGGCACUCUUCGCAUUUGCGAUGGCUACGCCGGUGGAUGAUAUAAAGCCCGAACAGACGGAUGAAUUGCAGACCGCUGAACAGUUUUAUCGCGGCUAUGGCGGAUAUGGUGGAUAUGGCGGCGGUUAUCCCCGUUAUGGUGGAUACGGCGGGUAUAACCGAGGAUACGGAGGAUAUGGGCAUCAUUAUGGCCACUACCGUCAUGGUUAAAAUCGAUAAUUCUAAAUAGAAAGCAAAACAGAACGUAUCAAUGACAAUUCACCAGUGAACCAAUAAAAUAAAAACGCAAACAAAAUAUCAA